GUUCGAAGUUUGGUACACGUCAGUUUAACAAAACAAAACUCCCGGCAUCGCUCCCUUCCUCGUCGUGUCCUACCUGGCCGGCCCACGAGCAGGGAAAGGAUUUGUAUUCUCUCGAACUUCUACGAAACUGCUGAUCCACGGUACCGUACUCUACCGGGAAGGCGUGUGCUAGGUUGGCGGUGCAGUGUGCGCUGUGUUAUCACUAUCGGUGCUAACCGGAAUACCGAGCAGCAGUUCCACAAGGAUACACGUGUCGCUGUCGCGAGAUGAGACAAACGGGUAGCAUUAUCGUAUGCUUUCUGGUCGUGGCCCUGCUGCCAUUUCUCUCGCUCGGAGACAUACCAAAGCCGCCAUCCUUUUCCUCCGCCGGAGGAGCGAAGAAGGAUAAGCUCAAGACUGAAAAGCUGCCACCCUGCAAAGCGUGCACCGUGCUGGUGAACUCGUUCCGCGAAGGUAUCAAGCGGACGGAGCGGGCCAAACACGACGGUGGUGACGCGGCCUGGGAGGAGGAACGGUUGGGUAGCUACAAGACGAGCGAGCUCCGGUUAGUGGAGAUCCAGGAGCGGCUCUGCACGGAUGUUACACGCGGCGAGGACCAGUGCCAUCAGCUGGCGGAAGAUUACGAGUCGCAGAUAGAGGAAUGGUGGAAAAACCAUCAAACCACCCAUCCCGAUCUGCACCAGUGGUUGUGUGUGGAGCAGGCGACCGUUUGCUGCCCGGAUGGGUUCUACGGACCGCACUGUGAACCGUGCCCGACCUGUUUCGGCAACGGCAAGUGCAAAGGCAACGGUACGCGCAAGGGCAACGGGAAGUGUGCCUGUGACGAGGGCUACACCGGCGAUAACUGUGAUAGCUGCACGGAGGAAUUCUAUCAGGCGUUCCGGGAUGAUACGAAGCUGCUCUGCAGCCGGUGCCAUAAAGCGUGUGCUGCCGGAGGUUGCACUGGGGCUGGGCCGAACGCCUGCCGCGUGUGUCGGGCCGGAUGGGUGAUGGAUACUGCCCGUGGCGGGUGUGUCGAUGUGGACGAAUGCAUCAAAGAGGCACCGUGCACGAGGCAACAGUUUUGCGUGAACAAUGAAGGAUCCUACAGCUGUUUAGAGUGUGAUAAAUCGUGCGAUGGCUGCAACGGAGAUGGUCCCGAUUUAUGCGAAAAUUGUGCCGCAGGAUACGAGCUUCGGGAUGGCAUGUGUACAGAUACGUCCAACGAGAAGCGCAAUCAGUACGCCACCUUUACCCGGUACCUAACCUACCUCGGUCUGUGCAUUGCCACGUGCAUCGUGCUACAGAACUCGACCUGGCUCGCGGCACUCGUCGGAUUGGCCGUCGCCGUAUACAUUUCCGUGUCGGAGUACUGGCUCAACACUGCCCCGCAGCAACCGGCGGCCCCUUCGCCGCGGAUAUUAGACGAGAUUCUUCAGCAGCAUUAAUAAAAAUAGAACUUCCCGUGGAAACGCGGGCACAAAGGGAUGGGGGGGACGCAUAUUCAUCCAUUCGGGACGCUCAAUUUUAUCUGCCAUCGCGCAAUGCUGUGUGCGAUUAUUUUUGGAGAUACGUAGUCCUAGGACUGCGACGACGGCUUCGGUUGCACGGGCAUUAAUCUUCCACUAAGCGUCGCCAUCAGAACAAACAAGGGAGGGGGAAAAGAAACGAAGGAACAACAUUAAUAAGACGGCAUUUUAGAGUAAAAUAAACGUGACAAAACUUGAGAAAUUUUGUAGCGAGAGCGAAAGAAGAGAGUGUGUUAAUGUGUGCGCCUAUUUGUUUUCCCGGUUGACCCGCUAAACAGCAGCCACCUCGUCGGGAAAUUCUUUGGAGGAAGGUUCAUUGGAAGGGUUGGAUUCGACUAGUACCGUGGCUUCUGAUACUGAUGAGUCCGAUGAGAUGGCACCGGAUGACGCCGAGGUCCGCUUAUCCGAUGAACUGUAGAAGCAACAGCAGCUGCAGCAGAGGGACAACUUUUGAAGGGAACACCAAAGCAGUAUCGUUAGAGAAAUGUGAUCAACAUUAGCUUAACUUAUGUGGGAGAGGGACAUGCGUCGAAAAAUAAACCAAUUUUUCCCCGUACCCAAUAAGGCAUGCCGGCCUGGAAAAUCAGUACA